AUUCCAUAGUCACAAAACCUUGACAAAAAUUCAAACAAAAAAAUAAACUUCAAAAUUUCCUUAAAAACUUGCUAAAAACAGCAAGUCAUGGCUAAUUCUCAUGUUUUUUGCAGCCCAACAACAACAACACUUCACUCAAAAACUCAUUUCCCAGUUGAAUUCUUUAGCUCAGUUCAUUAUAAACAAUACCAUCAUCAUCUUUUUAGAAAUAAAGAAAAUGGGCCUUCAAGAAAACUCAAAGGGUGUUCAAAGAUCAAAGCUUUAUUGACAGAAUCACCACAGAACAUAGUGGACCAAAAAAGUGACAAUAAUGAUAAGAAAAAGAAGAUGAGAGUAUUGGUGGCAGGUGGUGGGAUUGGUGGGCUAGUUUUUGCUUUGGCUGCAAAAAGGAAAGGAUUUGAUGUUGUGGUAUUUGAAAAAGAUUUGAGUGCAAUUAGAGGUGAAGGACAAUAUAGAGGUCCAAUUCAGAUACAGAGUAAUGCUUUGGCUGCUUUAGAAGCUAUUGAUUUAGAUGUUGCUGAUGAAGUUAUGAAAGCUGGUUGUAUUACUGGUCAAAGAAUUAAUGGUUUGGUUGAUGGUAUUUCUGGUAAUUGGUACAUCAAGUUUGAUACAUUCACUCCUGCAGUAGAAAGGGGUCUUCCGGUGACUAGAGUUGUAAGCCGAAUGACAUUACAAAGGAUUCUGGCUGAUGCUGUUGGGGAAGAUAUUAUUUUAAAUGGUAGUAAUGUAGUCAGCUUUGAAGAUCAUGGUGAUAAGGUCUCUGUGGUUCUUGAAGAUGGACAACAGUUUGAAGGUGAUCUUCUAGUUGGUGCUGAUGGAAUAUGGUCAAAGGUACGGAAGAAUUUGUUCGGGCCAAAAGACGUGACAUACUCUGGCUACACUUGUUACACUGGGAUUGCUGAUUUUCUUCCACCAGAUAUUGACACUGUUGGGUAUCGGGUAUUUUUAGGACACAAACAGUACUUUGUUUCUUCUGAUGUUGGUGGCGGAAAGAUGCAAUGGUAUGCGUUUCACAAUGAACCAGCUGGUGGUACAGAUAAACCUAAUGGUAAAAAAGAACGGCUUCUUGAAAUCUUUGGAGGUUGGUGUGAUAACGUGGUGGAUUUGCUGAUUGCCACAGAUGAAGAGGCAAUUUUAAGGCGAGAUAUAUAUGACCGAAUCCCUAAAUUUACAUGGGGAAAGGGUCGUGUAACCUUGUUAGGAGACUCGGUCCACGCAAUGCAGCCUAACUUGGGUCAAGGCGGUUGCAUGGCAAUUGAGGAUAGCUACCAACUAGCACUCGAGCUCGAUAAAGCUUGGAAACAAAGCACCGAUUCAGGAGCACCCAUAGAUGUUGUCUCUUCCCUGAGGAGUUACGAAGACGCCAGAAGACUACGGGUGGCAGUUAUUCAUGGAUUGGCAAGAAUGGCUGCAAUUAUGGCAUCAACUUACAAGGCUUAUUUGGGUGUGGGGCUUGGCCCGUUAUCCUUUUUAACAAAUUUCAGAAUACCGCAUCCUGGAAGAGUUGGUGGAAGAUUUUUCAUUGAUAUUGGAAUGCCUUUAAUGCUCAGUUGGGUUCUUGGUGGCAACGGCUCAAAACUUGAAGGUAGAGCACAGUCCUGCAGACUAACUGAUAAGGCAAACAAUGAUCUACAAACAUGGUUUAGAGAUGAUGAUGCUUUAGAGCGUGCUCUUCGUGGCGAAUGGUUUUUACUUCCGGUUGGAAAAGAAAAUGCAGAUUCAGAGCCUGUUUCAUUAAGCCGCGAUGAGAAAAAGCCCUGCAUAGUUGGAAGCGUACCACACACGAGUAUUCCUGGAAAUUCAAUAGUCAUCUCCUCACCAGAGGUUUCAAAACUCCAUGCUAGAAUAAGCUGCAAAGAUGGUGCCUUUUUUGUGACUGAUCUACGGAGUGAACAUGGUACCUGGAUCACCGAUAAUGAGGAUAGGCGUUAUCGGGUACCUCCAAACUCUCCUGCUCGUUUUCAUCCAUCAGAUAUUCUUGAGUUUGGUCGAAACAAGAAGGUAGCGUUUCGGGUAAAAGUGAUGAGAUCCCCACAAAAGAUUCCAGACUCAGAGGAGGCAGGGGAUCGAAUUCUCCAAGCCGUUUGACGAUAUGUCAACCCAACGAGUUUUGUGAUUAUACUAUGUGAAAAUUGUACAGCAUUGUAGCAGUUACAGCAGCAACACACACAAAGGGCUAGAGAUUUUGGCCUUCCUGAAAUUGUAGCAAGUUGUUGAAUUGAUUAUUGAUGAAUUCUGGUAUGUAUAGAUACAUAUAAAGGUGCUACAAGAAAUGAAAGCCAUAUUUUGCUAAUAUUAAAGCAAUUUGUGUAUUUUUGGUACCAAA